AUGUCUCCGAAAACGCUCAAGUUCGUGAACUCGGUCUGGAAGUCAUUCCAAGCCACCUCCGGCCUGGAGCCGAGGCUUCUUAAUAAUCUCCGCAUCACCAAUGCCAUCCCAGGCCGUGUGAAAUUCGAACUCGACAUUGAGAGGCAUCACACCAACCGGCUGAAGAUUCUCCACGGCGGCACCAUCGCUAGCAUGGUUGACCUCGGUGGCUCGCUCGCUGUGGCUUCAAGGGGCCUUUUCGCAACGGGCGUCUCGACAGACUUGAAUGUGACCUACCUUAACUCCGGCGGCACAGAGGGGAAUACCAUCCGCGCCGAGGUGACCUGUGACAAGUUCGGCAAGACUCUGGCGUAUACGAAUGUCAAGUUCCUCAACGACAAGAACGAGGUCGUUGCGCGUGGAAGCCACACGAAGUAUGUGACGUUAGCUUGGAAGGACCCGAACAAUAUUGUUGAGGAAAUCAAGUCGGAAGAGGCGGCCUCAAAGGAGUCGGGAGAAACAAAGCAGUGA